AUGUCUACAGGAAAGGGGGAUAAGAUUGUCAGGAACCUAGCUGUCAGUGUAAAGGUUCCGGUACCAGACGCAAGAUACGACUACCUUUGCGAAUUCCACAAACCCGCCAGCAAAGUGCCAGCCUUCCUGAAUGUGACUGACAUCGCCGGGCUAGUAAAGGGCGCCGCCGAGGGCCAGGGCCUCGGCAACGCCUUCCUCUCGCACAUCAAGGCCUGCGACGCGCUCUUCCAUCUCACCCGUAAGUGCUUUGCUGGCCGAACAUCGAGUACGUCGAAGGCGGCCUACGACAAGCUCGAGAAGCUGGCGGUACGCGGCGGCGACAAAAAGCUCAAGCCCGAGUACGACACCAUUGCAGUCAAGAAGCUGCUCGAGGAGGACAAGAGCACGUGCGCUUUCUGUGAGUGGGACGCCAAGGAGAUCGAGGUGUUGAACAAGCACCUGCUCAUCAGCAGCAAGCCCAUGAUCUACCUGGUCAACCUCUCAGAGAAAGACUACAUCAGACGGAAGAACAAAUGGUUAGUGAAGAUCAAGGAGUGGAUAGACGCCAAUGACCCGGGCGCCAUCUGCAUCCCCUUCUCGGGCGUCUUCGAGCUCAAGCUGGCCGAAAUGGAACCCGAGGAGCGGGCCAACUACCUGAAGGAGAACAACCUCACCAGUGCCCUGGACAAAAUCAUCCUGCAAGGGUACAAGGCCCUCCAGCUGCAGUAUUUCUUCACAGCUGGUCCUGAUGAGGUGAAAGCAUGGACUAUCCAGAAAGGAACCAAGGCUCCCCAGGCUGCUGGCAAAAUCCACACUGACUUCGAGCGAGGCUUUGUCAUGGCUGAGGUGAUGAAGUUCGACGAUUUCAAGGAAGAAGGCUCUGAGGCAGGGGCAAAGGCUGCUGGAAAGUACCACCAAAGAGGGCGUACCUACGUAGUCGAGGACGGUGACAUCAUAUUCUUCAAGUUUAACACUGGUGGGCUCAAGAAGAAGUGAGAAUGGUUGAUGCUAGUGAUUCUGGUGUUCUUUUAUGUCCACAUUACCACAGUGUUCAUAUGCACUCAUCUGUGAUGUCCCAAGUGAACCAGUAAAAUUCCCUGCCCCCUAUAUCUGGAUGAAAA